UCAGGGAGCAUGGUACCCCGGUCUCAUUCUUCUGGGCAGCUUUGUUUGCCCAAGAAGAGGGCUGACACCACUGCUUUUAGAUCACAGUCGCAUGUUUCUUCUUUUAUAACACCAGCCAUGUCAGCAGGAUUAGCCAAGACUAGUUCUAGCACUAGUAGUUCUAGUUUGGCUCACAUGUGGAGAGAGGUUCAAGGAUGCAACAACUGGGAGGGCCUUGUCGAACCCUUGCACCCUUUUCUCCGGCAAGAGAUAAUUCGAUAUGGGGAGUUUGUCACCGCUUGUUAUGAGGCCUUUGACCUCAACCCUAAAUCCAAAAGAUAUUUGACUUGCAAGUACGGGAAGAAGAACUUGUUUAGAGAGGUUGGAAUGGGAAAUUCCGAUUACGAAGUCACCAAGUACAUAUACGCCACUCCGGAUGUCAACAUUCCGAUCCAAAAUGAACCCUCUUGCGGGCGCUGGAUUGGAUAUGUUGCUGUAUCUUCAGAUGAUGCGGUUAGGAGACUUGGGAGGAGAGACAUAGUCAUUACAUUUCGAGGAACAGUAACAAACCCGGAGUGGAUAUCAAAUCUCAUGAGCUCACUGACCCCAGCAAGGCUAGACCCCAAUAAUCCACGCCCAGAAGUGAAAGUAGAGUCUGGUUUUUUGAGUUUGUACACUUCAAAUGAAAGUGAUAACAAGUUCGGACUAGGAAGUUGCCGCGAACAGCUUCUAGCCGAAGUAUCAAGGCUCUUAAACAGGUACAAAGGUGAGGAACUUAGCAUUUCCUUGGCAGGGCAUAGUAUGGGAAGUUCAUUGGCUCUUCUCCUUGCUUAUGAUAUUGCCGAGCUUGGAUUGAAUAGGCUCGACCCGAAACUGGACGUGCCAGUAACGGUUUUUUCAUUUGGAGGGCCAAGAGUAGGAAACUCCAGCUUCAAGGAGAGAUGUGAGGAAUUAGGGGUAAAAGUUUUGAGAAUUGCAAAUGUUAAUGAUCCCAUCACAAAGUUACCAGGGGUUCUUCUCAACGAAAACCUUAGGGUUUUGGGAGGGAGAUAUGAGUUUCCAUGGAGCUGUUCAUGUUAUGAACAUGUGGGUGUUGAAAUAGCACUAGACUUCUUCAACAUGCAAAACCCUUCAUGUGUUCAUGACUUGGGAUCCUAUAUCAGAUUACUCAAAUGUCUAAAGAGAGAUCAGGUUCAAAAGGAUGAAGAAAAUCUUUUCAAUCGAGCAAGGGAAUCGAUAUUAAGUAGGGCUCAAAAUAUUAACAUGGAGCCCUUGAAAAAUGCUGCAAGCAAUGUUGUAAACUUGGUUCAGUCACAAAGAACUGAAUUCUUGAAGGAUAAUACAAUCUUAGGGUUGAUGAACUCCUUUGCCUUGUAUAUUCUUUUAUAGGUAGAGGAGCUUAAUGUUCUGUAAAGAAUUAGAUUCAUUAUUAGUA